AUGGGCAAAACUCAGUCGUUUAUUCAUCUUAAGCCGGCUACUAUAAGUUCCGGCAUGGCCACAGGCCGGAAGGCGCUUGCUGCGAAUUUGAAUGGAUCCAAGAGCACAGCAGCCGGUGGGUCGGCUACAGGAGCGUCAAGAGUCGCUAUGACAUCGCAUAUGCUAAGAGUGCACUUAAAUAAGUUUCCUAGUUUAAUUGGGCACGCCACAUCUAGGAUUAAUAGAUUGUACAACGAGGAUACAUACUCGAUCAACAUUCUGAAGCUACCAUCUGCCAGUGCGGAACUGUCGCUGUUGAAUUCCAAGAGAUCAAUUGCCAAUAAGAUGAAGCUUUGGGAAGAGCUUCCGCUUCACCGUAACCUACUGAAUAUAUCUAUAUUUGAUGGACAUGGUGGAGAUCGGGUUUCGAAAAUGCUAGCGUCUGAGUUGCAUGAACAUCUGGUCAAAAUGGUGCCCCUGAAGCAAGAGUUUGAGUCUGUUCUCAAGCAAUACAAAACCCUAGUGGGAGGUAAGUAUUGGACCAAUAUCUACAAGAACCGGAAACAGUACUAUGACAAGUACAUCAAGCAUUGCAAUACCAAAGUUGAGCAAGUGUUACUUACCGAUGGGGUACCGCCCCCAUCGGGAUCUAGGAUGAUUUUUGAUAAGUGGGGGAACAUUAUAGACAAGACGAGCUUGCUAAAUGAACACGAACGUUUAAGGUUGUAUAGCACUUAUUUGAAGUACGAUCUCAACGAAAUUUGCGGGUUUGCCUCAGACUUGGAACAGGAAGCGGCCAUGAAAGAAUACUAUGGAGGUUCCACGGCAUCAAGCAUCUUUUUAACAGCAUACGAUGAACAAGAAUCCAGCGAUGAAUCAUUUUUCGUUGCUCCUCAAGGUUUGUUGAAACUUGCAGUAACACAAAUCGGAGAUACCAAGAUUAUUCUAUGCGAUAAAAACGGAAUCGCUCACUCCUUAUCAAAGGUCCACCACCCCUCGUCGAGCAGAGAAUCAAGAAGACUCGGUGGUCACUUCCAAUCAGAUUCUUUCGGAGACACAAGAUUCUUAAAUAAUUUCGCAAACACUAGGUCCUUUGGAGAUCGCAUAGGUAAAAGGGAUGGGCUCACAUGUGAACCUGACAUUUAUUCUUAUCUCAUAGGACCAACAAGAAUGCUACCGCACGCAGAAAAAUCAAAAUUACAAUUUGGCGGUGACGAAUGCUUUAUUUGUUUGGUCUCAGACGGUGUGACAACUUUGAUGAGUGACCAGGAAAUAUGUGAUCUCGUUACCUCAACUGUAAAUAACAGAGGUCUAAAAACUGCCUCACCACAGUAUUGUGCACAGGAAGUUCUUCAGUAUAUUAUGGCUAUAGGUUCUAAGGAUGCAGAUAACGCAACCUGUAUUGUCCUUCGUCUACCAAACUGGGGUAAUUGGCCUGUCAUUGAUCGUACUGGUGCAAUCAGAGAAGAAAAACUACUAAGCGGGGUAUCCGGAGGUGACAGAUCUACCGCUUGA